AUGGGCGCCAACAGGCAGCGACUGGGCUCCAUCAACCGCUCGAACCUGUCGACGGUCCAGGAUGUGGACUCACUGGAAGACAUGGACAUUGACAUGGACAUGAACUUCGACAACCUCGGUGCUAUCGAGGAGGCCCCCAUGCAAUAUCCAGUCCAGCAAGCCCAGUUCAACCAGAGCCAGAACCAGAACCAGCUACCUCAGCUCAACGUCAAUCUCGCCAACAACAUGCAAAAUCACCAGGGUCUAAGGACGUCGACGCCCACGACCCCCUCGGCCUCGCAACAAUUCAACCUCCACAACAACCCCACAGUUUCCUCGGUCAACACACCCACUCUUGGCACGGUGCCGAUGCAAAAUACACACAAUCUGACCUCCCCCGAGUCAUCACAUCCCGGCACGCCAGCUGAGCUCGACAUGGACUUUGGCGCGUUCAGCCCCAUGAUGGGCAUGGACAUGAGCGGUAUGGGUAUGAAUAUGAACUUCAACAAUGGUAACGCCGGCAUGAAUGGUUUCGACAACAAUGGCACCAUUGACCAGCCGGGAAAGCGCCUUUUCAGUAAACAAGGCGCUGGCCUUAGUCAAGCGCAGCUGCAAGCAGCACUCAAGGGCUACCAGCUCGGUGGCAAUGACCAGAGCGAACUUGCGAGGAGAUUACGGGAGCAAUCCCUUCUCAACGGAGCUAGCAUACCCCAGUUCCCCUUCCCUGAGGAAGUCAAGCCAUUCAGAUGCCCAGUUAUUGGGUGUGAAAAGGCAUACAAGAAUCAAAACGGGCUGAAGUACCACAAGCAGCACGGCCACCAGAACCAGCAGCUCAAGGAGAACGACGACGGCACAUUUUCGAUUGUCGAUCCCCUCACAUCAAUACCCUAUCCCGGCACGGUGGGUAUGGAGAAGGAGAAGCCCUAUCGGUGCGAGGUGUGUGGAAAGCGAUACAAGAACCUCAACGGGCUCAAGUACCACCGUUCUCACGCGCCCCACUGCAAUCCAGAGCUGGCUCUCCAGAAGCUGGGACUGUCUGGCAACCUGCAGAACCUGCAGAAUGCCAAUGUGGCUGGGGCAGGAAUGGGCGGGAUUGAUCCGGCCAUGACCACGUCGAUGUUUUAG